AUGUCCGUCGUCGACCUCCAGAUCGCCAACGACAAGGUCGUCUGCGCCCAGCACAAGAACGAGGUCUGCUCAGAGUGCAACCAGUCCUUCCUCGAGAUCAACGACCUCACCCGCCAUCUUAAGUCAACCAACGGUCAAGUGCCUCCCCCAGGGGCUGUCCUCCCCCUGCGAUCGCAGCAGAUUGCAAAGAUGCGCGAGGAAGGAAACACUUUUUUCCGUGCACAGCGUCAUCAGGAGGCCAUCGUCGCCUACACCAACGCCAUCAACAUCGCCUUUGACCGCCCCCUCUGGGAACCUACACAGCUUGCCCGUGAGGAGCUCGCCGUCCUGCUGUGCAACCGCUCGGCCGCCUAUAUUGCCCGCAAGGAGUGGGUCAACGCCUAUGUGGACGCCGAGGGUGUCAUCGAGUUGAAGCGCCCCUGGUCCAAGGGUCACUUCCGUCUGGGCAGGGCCUUGUUCGGAAUGGGACGUCUGGAGGAGGGUAUCCAGGCACUCAAGCUGGGAUUGAUGUUUGACCCCGAGAGUGCAGAGAUCCAGAAGGCCCUCAAGGAGGCCGAGACCGCUCUUGCCGUAGAGGAGGCCCAGGAGGAGUAA